GCGAACGUGACUGACGUUUUAGUUCCGGAGGUUGCGAGUUGUUAAGUUCCGUACUUUAAUGUUGUUGUUUUUUUUAUUAUUAUUGUCGUUUCCAGUUUUUGUUUUUGUUUUUAAUUUACAUGUCUCCACCCGUUACGUCAGCAAACGUCUGGCUCGCGCCGUGACCGCAUGUGACCACGUGAGCUCUCCGGUAACUUCAGCCUGCAGGAUGUCUAAACUUGACCGCUUAAACGCCCGCGUGGCCAAGCUACUGACCGAGGCCGUGCAGGAGGUUCUGGAGGUGGUGAAGGAGACGGUGUCGGAGUACCAGGAGAAAACUGCCAGGACGCAGAGGGAGAAUGAGAGUCUGAAGAGGAGACUGCAGGAGCUUCAGGACAGGGUAACCAGAGAGAGCAUAGCUGCAUUACCUACAAAUAGUCCAUUACGUGAAGAACAUGAAGACACGCAAAAUCAAGAGCAGGACUUUGACUUCGCUUUGAGGCAAAACUCCGAACUCCCGCUCGCAGAUCAAAAGCCAGUAAGCAGUCACGAACCGGACCAUGUUUUGAAGCAGGAGUCGAAACAACAGGAGAGCUACGAUAACUGUGAAGCACAAGCUGACUGCAGCUCGGCACAAACAGCAGAACAUUGCAAAGCACAACAAGAGCAGGUGCCACACAUUCUUGCAGAGACGAUAGCAGUCCACACGUCACACAGUGCAAACAGGGACAUCAGUGCUGUCUCAUUCAAUAAUGCAUGCACCUCACUUGAGGUGAACAUGCCUGUUAUCAAAAGCGAGCCAGAACCAACAGACUGCACAACAUCAGAACCACCACCUGUUCAAGAACAAUACCCCGGAUGUGUGAAUUUAAGCUGCAACUCUGCUGAGAUGCCCAGGCCACAGGUUAGUGCCGAACCUUGCGGACUUGUCUUUGUCCACUCGAAUCAUGCCAUGCCGAGGAGGCACGGAUUUACGAAAAACAACAGGGCGACAUUUGACGGGAGAAAAAUCAGGAUGGAGCACUUAAGGAGAGAAGACUCGCACUCGUGUGGCGUAUGCGGAAAGACGUUCAGCAGGGUCGGCAACUUGAGGAUCCACCAGCGUUGUCACACAGGGGAGAAGCCGUACGGCUGCGUACAGUGCGGGAGGCGUUUUAGUCAGGCGGGAGAUCUGAAAAAACACAAGAGGGUCCACACGGGGGAGAAACCGUAUUUCUGCAUCCAGUGCGGAAAGAACUUCAGUCGGGCGGAGAAUCUGAAAAGACACCAGAAGAUCCACAUCGGACAGAUUUUACAGUUACAGCAAGUGUGGAGGGAGCAACAGCAAUAAUUGUCUAUAAUACAGUGCACACACUUUGUGGACAAUCUGUGAAACAUAAUUUCUGGUCUGUUAAUUUAGUUGCAACUAACUAAAAGGCUCGUCUCUUGUUCCAACUUACUAUUGUUAGUUAGGUGCUACAUGCGCUCCUCUCUCUGUCCCUCUGAUCGCGAUGGAACGGGGCUGUAGAAGGUUAACCAAAGAGGCUAAAGCUUUACAGAUAGAGAUACACCGAUAUAAAAGAAAAGUAUCAUUAUCUAAUAUGUCGUCUGUUUAAUAUGUUUGGCUAACAGGAUCAGCUAAACUUAAAACAGUAAAAGAACAAGUGAGAGAAAUAUAUACUUAAAGGUUUUGCACAUUCAUGAUUCAUUCAUACACGACUUUGUGACACCUCCCUCACUCUCCUGUGCAUUUAGCACUUCCAGUUGUUGACAUCGUUUUUAUUUAAAUGCACAUCAUCUUCAUCAAAAUGAUUUUCUUUUGUUUAAAAAAAGCCAUAUUAGCCAUUAGACUUUCGUCUACAGAGCAGGUUUAAACAUUUUAAGGCGACCGUGUUUUACAGUGUAGCACCUCUUCUAGGUAUGUACAGAAUGAAUUCUCCCGUUUUAAAUAAGUAAAUGUUGAAGACAAUGAUUGAAACUUUUGAACAUCUGAGAAGCAUGAAUGUAAUUACAAUUGCCUGAUUUUAAGGACUGGUUGACGCUUGCUGUAUGCUUGAUAUAUUUAUUGCAGAUUUAUUUAGGAUACAAACAGGAAAAUGCAAUAAAUUAAUUUAUUACCACCAC